GACAAGGAAGCGCCUGCGUGAGCGUCCUUCACUUUACUCUAUGCUACAAACACCCGAGCAGGUUACAAAAGUCUGGCGUUUGUGGAGUACAAGUAGCUCUGUGCGGGUUGUCGGGCUUUAUGGAGUGAACGCGGGAGACUGAAGGGAGACGUGCUCUGAGAGGUUUCAGCGUUUUUAUUCAUGAUGACAGCUCCAAACUCAGCAGAAAGGAAGGCCUGCUGGGACGCCAGGGACCAUCUCUGGAAGUGUUUGGAUGAUAGUGAUGACAAUGUUGCAUCGUGCCAGAGGUUCCAGAGCGAAUUUGAGGCCAAAUGCCCAGCCCAAUGGGUGAAGUAUUUUACCAAAAGGAGAGACUUCCUGAAAUACAAGGAGAAGAUGCAGACAGAGGGAUUCGCACCUGCUGAAGGCCCCCAGGGGGCAUCCUAAUCACCAGAAACCAUCAAGAGCUGCAAGCUGGCCUGGGUUUGCUGAGGUGCAGGACUUGGACAGGAGCUUGUGGCUUUGUUGCGACAGAGUGCGUGAAGAUCAUACUAAUAAUGUUAUUUAUUUUUACAAAUUAAGGCUGCUUUAGGAAAUACAAGUGGCAGCACAAGGGACCUGUUUGAAAAUCCUCGUAUCUUCCAUCCCCAGAAAUGCUAAAGAGUCCAGAGUUACGGAGUCCAGUAGGAUUUCACCUCAAAGUAACGUGUAAUUUUGGACAGAUUUUAGUAUCGUUACCUCCUGCUGGAAUUCUGAAGUCUCACAUUCAACCUGUUGCCAUUAGUUAUCACAACACUGUCCAAUAUUAAUGUUUCUGUGGUUCUGUUCAAGCAAAACUAUUUUUUUCCCACACGUCUGUAUUUCUCUGAGCAGAACAGAGAAUCGUGUUCUACUUUUGCAUCUGCCUGGUGUUUUUCUUAAAAAUAUGUGAUUUGCAAAUAAGAGCUGAUCUGAUAGUGGAGAUUUAA